UCUCCCAACCAUCGUCCUCUCUCUCUCUCUCUCCUCUCUCUCACGUUCUCACGCGCGACGAGCGGAGCGGCCGGGGGCGUUGCGCGUCGGGCGGACGGAGCCGGCGAUACGGUGAUCACGCGCGGCGGAGGAGUGAGUGGGCGACGGUGCGCCGCGCCAGACCGUGCUCCUCCGGCCCUGGACGAGGGGGGGAGGGGGGGGGCGACGGCGCGCGCCGACUCAUCAUCUGACGUGCGUGCCGGUCUCCGGGUGGGUGGGCUGACCAGCUCGGUUUCGGGGGGGCGGGCGAUCGCGCGGGCAGUGGAGCGGGGGCGUACGUGCAGCGGCGCCUCUGGGGCUCCGGCUGGCCGGCCCCCGCCCUGGGGGGCACAGCGGCGCAGGCGUGAGGGAGUUGGAGAAGCCUUUGUUUUGAUAGAAGUGAGGAUGCCUGGAAUUCUCCAGUUGGUGUGCUUUAUGUGAUGCACCCAUUAACAUUUUUCACCAAUAUCAUUGGUGUGGUGACUAUUGUUCUAAUCUCCAUAGUCUCCAUCUUGGGCAUUAUCUGCCUGUGCCACUCGGUGAACUUCCAACUGUUGAUCAAACGGCGAAGGAGAAAUUACUAUCGAGCAAACAACGAGCAGCUUAGCUACUUCAAUGGUCCAUGGCUGACUCGCAUAACAUUAAUACUGGUUGCAUUAUGGUGGGGUGUUGGAGAGGUGUUGCGGCUCACAUUUGUUAAUGGAGAGGGGAGGUUCAUUUCUGAUCAGACAUGGCAAGCCAAUGUAUGCAAGUUUUACAUCGUCUCAAAUUUGGGGUUUGCAGAACCAGGAUUGUUCCUGUUGCUAGCUUUCCUGCUAAGCGCAGCUUUGCAAAAUCAAGAAUUUGGUGCCUUAAAUCGUAAAUGGAACCAGAAGACUAUAUGUGCAGUGUUUAUGCUCUGCUCGCCCUCACUCAUAUGGGAAGCUUGUGUAGUUUUUAUUGGUCCUCAUGUUGCUUCAGAUGAUAGCCAGACAAAGGCUUCAAAAUACUGGUAUUCAGCCUCUACAGUCCACAAUGGCGAUGUUGCGUGCACAUACCCGUUGUUGAGCAGCAUAUUUCUUGGGGCGUUCUACACCGUGUUAACCAUUUAUGUCAUAUUUGUUGGUGGUCAGAUAUUAUCUUUAGCGAUCAACAAGGGGCUUCGUCGGAGGAUAUACAUGCUAAUUUUUGCCACCGGAAUAUUACUUCCUCGAGCUAUGUUUCUUGGAUUCUCGGUUCUUCCAUGGCCAGGCGAAAUAGUCCAUGAAUCUCUCGUAUUUAUCUCCUUCCUUGUGCUGAUGCUUGCUGCUAUGCUUGGUAUUGUUAUUCUGGUGUAUUUCCCAGUUGCGGAAACCUUUGAAGUAAGAGACCAAGAGCAUGUUGAGCUGCAAACAAGUCACCCAAUGCCGUUUGACGACUGUUAGCAUUGUGAUCUGACAUAUAUAUGUCAAAGGGCAAACUGUUGGGAGAUGCUUUGAUGGCUUCAUAUUUAUUCAUGUGGCUGUUGAGAGUUCUCCCCAAUUUUGUAAACAUAGAACAAACUUAGAUUAGGUAUAUUUCUCUGUCUUUUUUUGCCUCUUUUUUCUUCAUGCAUGUCAGCGUGUUGCCAUGAAGACAAGUAUACCCUGUAUAGUAGUUUCCAUAGGAUAGUAGUUUCUAUAGGUUAGUGAAAUGAUGAAGCAAAUCUUACCUUUUAUGUGUUGUACAUCGAGGAAAAACUUUAUGGCAUAGUUUGUGGUGGUUGUGAUGCGAUUAUCUUUUAAGCCAUCAUGAAAAUGAAAGUUCCUUGUUAAGGAAAAAAAAGAUUAG